AUGUCGGUAAAAGACCACCACAGCACUGUUGGUGCCAUCGCCGAGGCUGUCGCCGAAGCCGCCCACGGUGACCUGCCCGGUACCAAGGGCCACCAUCCCAUCUCGGCUGUCAUUGGUACCGCUAUCACCGGCGGCAGGGCAAAUGCCGGUACCAAGGGCUAUCUGGCUGCCUACCUCAAGCAGCUGGAGUCCAACCCCCUCCGUACCAAGAUGCUCACUGCCGGCACCCUAGCAGGUAGUCAAGAGCUGCUCGCAUCAUGGCUCGCUAAGGACCGCAACAAGAAUGGCAACUACUUCACGGCCCGUGUCCCCAAGAUGGCCACCUACGGCGCCCUUGUCAGCGCCCCCUUGGGCCAUUUCCUCAUCUGGAUCCUCCAGAAGAUGUUCCAGAACCGCAAGAGCUUGAGGGCCAAGAUCCUCCAGAUCCUUGUCAGCAACUUGAUUGUUGCCCCGAUUCAAAACUCGGUAUACCUUGUUGCCAUGGCCAUCAUCGCCGGCGCCAAGACUUGGAAGCAAGUCCAAGCGACUGUACGUGUCGGCUUCUGGAAGGUCAUGAAGGUCAGCUGGCUCUCGUCGCCCCUCUGCCUGGCCUUUGCCCAGAAGUUCCUGCCCGAGGCCGCCUGGAUGCCCUUCUUCAACCUCGUCUCCUUCUUCAUCGGUACCUAUAUCAACUACGUUACCAAGAAGAAGCGCCUCGCCGCUUUGCGCAGGAAGCACUUCGGCGACGGUGCUCACGGCGACCAUAGACAUGAUCGCGAGCGUGAGCGUGAUCGUGGUGACCGUGAACGCCAUAGCAGCCCCCCUCACGGCCACGGCCCUUCCCACGGCGGCCGUCCCAUCAACCCUACUCUCGGCAGCCAUCACGGAGGCGGUCCCGUCCCGCCUCCUCAGGACUACCCUUCUCUCGGCCAGAACCCCCAUUACUAA